GGACGAUAUCGGACGGCCUUGCAGAUUUAUUGUGUGGAUGUUUGGGAGAGGCAUCUGACUGAUCAUACGAGAAAUGAUUCUGUAAUAGAGAGAUAACUUAUAGGCUGCUUUCUCCUCGCGACUACCUCCCUCGGACAACCCAAACCUAAGGGAGCCACUCUCUCGCCGAAAUCCACCCGUGGAAUCAAUCGCGCCCCACUUUUUGCCAUCGGCCUUUUUUUUACCUCGUCCACACUCUCUUCUCCUCGACACCCGUGAAUACAGAAAGAAAAAAAAAGUAUUGACGAUCUCCGCCAUGCCCCUCGUCAACACCACCGAAAUCAACGAGGACACUCGUGUCCUUGGCUACGACCCUCUGUUGUCGCCCCAGUUCCUUCAGACUGAGAUCCCUGCGCCUGAGCGUGCCAUUCUCACUGUCCGCGCCGGCCGUAAUGAAGCCAUUGAGAUUAUCGAGCAGCGCGAUGACCGCCUGCUCGUCAUGGUCGGUCCCUGCUCGAUCCACGACCCAGACACCGCGCUCGAAUACGCCCGUCGCCUGAAGGAGGUCGCCAACAAGCUGUCCAAGGACCUGUGCAUCAUCAUGCGCGCCUACCUCGAGAAGCCCCGCACGACCGUCGGCUGGAAGGGUCUGAUCAACGACCCCGAUAUCGACGAGUCCUACAACAUUAACAAGGGUCUGCGCGUCUCCCGUAAGCUCUACGUCGACCUCACCAGCACCGGUCUCCCCAUCGCCUCCGAGAUGCUCGACACCAUCUCCCCACAGUUCCUUGCCGAUCUCAUCUCCCUCGGCGCUAUCGGCGCCCGCACCACCGAGUCCCAGCUCCACCGCGAGCUGGCCUCCGGUCUCUCCUUCCCCAUCGGCUACAAGAACGGCACGGACGGUAACUUGGGCGUUGCCAUCGACGCUAUUGGUGCCGCUGCCCACCCCCACCGCUUCCUCGGUGUGACCAAGCAGGGUCUUGCGGCGAUCACCAAGACCGCCGGUAACGAGCACGGUUUCGUCAUUCUGCGCGGCGGUAACAAGGGUACCAACUACGACCGCGAGAGCAUCCGCGGUGCGCGCGAGGCCCUCCGCGCCAAGAAGCAGCGUGAGGUCCUCAUGGUGGACUGCUCCCACGGUAACUCCAGGAAGAACCACCUUAACCAGCCGGUCGUCGCCAAGGAGGUCGCCGAUCAGCUGCGCGAGGGCGAGUCCGCCAUCGUCGGUGUCAUGAUUGAGUCCAAUAUCUACGAGGGUAACCAGAAGGUGCCCCCCGAGGGACCUGCCGCUCUCCUCAAGGGCGUCAGUAUCACCGAUGCUUGCAUCAACUGGGAGAUGACCGUCGAGGUGCUGAACGAUCUUGCGGACGGUGUUCGUGCACGCCGUGCUCUGAAUGCGAGCAAGGCCAAUGGCUCGCACUAAGGGAGGAGUGUAAUGGAAGUUUAUUUUUUUUUUUCCUCCCACGAUGAGGAGUGCAACGGAUCUCCUGGGUAUUUAAAAAAAGUGUGUGGUUUUGACAUAGAUACCUAGUUUUUUAUGCUGCCAUGCGGACGAGCGUUUCUUUUAUUUCUUGUCUUCUGAUAUGAUGGGCUCGGCCGUGAAUAUGAUGAUUUUCCUUUUCCGGUUUUCAACACGCAUCCCUUGUAAAAGCU